CUCAUUCACUCUCUCAGCACUCUUCACUACUCACUACUGCUCUCAUCAUGAAGUCCAUUCUUAUCUUUGCAAUCACCGCUAUUCUGAGUCUUGCCUCCGCUCUAGAGGGCAUCAAUGGCUUUACGAUUAAGGCGAUGGACCAUGUUGUAGCACCAAGAUUCAACAAGUUCAGAAUUCGUGGAGUGAACCAAUAUGAUGAGAAGACAGCACCCUCUCCUUGGGGACAGCCACCCAAAUCUCCAUCGGGCGGACCUCCAAACUCUCCCAAAUCUCCAUGGGGCGGCGAACCUCCCAAAUCUCCUGGCUCACCUCCCAAAUCUGGCUCGCCUGGCUCACCCAAAGGGACGCCUGGCUCACCCAAAAGUGGUGGUGGUUGCGACCUUUCCAAUUCGUCCUGUGACGCUGGCUAUACGCUGAAUUGCAAGAACGGACAACCCAAUUGCCACCUGACCAACCCAUCGGCGGCGUGUGGCAAGGGUGGCGUCACGUGGGAAGCACCAAACGGCCAAGAAUGCUGUGCCCACUGUACCGGCACAGGUUGCCCCGAAGCGGAGCAUAAGUUAGCGAAGUCAAAGAGUCCUUGCCAGAAUUAAAAAAUGAGUGAUCGAGUAUGUGGUUUGGCCGAUUGGUCCGAGUGUAUCUUACAAUAACCGAUAUAGCGAGGACGAAUGGAAUGGGUUCUCGCCAGACGAGUCUCGCGAUGAUUGGGAACACUUCUACUGUACAGUAACUUGUCAUGUCCGUCUCGGACUUUGGCGGAUAAGCGUAGGGAGCCAAGAUGUUAUCGCCGCAACACAUCACUAAAACCCAUCGCUCAUUGCGGAUCAUGUCAUCAUAGCAUGAGACGGUGUCCCUUGCCGGACGAGUGGACAUGGGGUAGAAAAAGGCAAUUGAAACCCUCACGAUAGGCGGGUCUACGUCU